GCCAUCACUUAAUAGAGUUACAUCAAAUGGAUAAAAUGAUGCUCUAUAAUGCCGCACAAACUGGAGAUAUAGAGUUACAUCAAAUGGACAAAAUGAUGCUCUAUAAUGCCGCAAAAACUGGAGAUAUAGCAACAUUGCAAGCUGAAGAUCCGAAUCUUGUCAGUGAAGUUUCAUUUGCACGUUCACGGAAUCUUCUACACGUAGCAGCGAUGUAUGGGCAAGAAAGCGUCGUUGAGGUCUUGAAAGUGCACGGGCAGCUAGCUCGCGAUUUAGACUCACAAAAUUCGACACCACUUCACAUUGCAGCAGCACAAGGGAGUGUUGAAGUAGCCUCAAAAUUGUUUUCAAUGGCCCACGAGACACUCUGGUGGCGAGACUGUCAUGGUCUGAACCCGGUUCAUAUUGCAGCCAUCCAUGGGCAUGUCAGGAUUUUGGAGGAGCUGCUUAAUAAUAAUAGCUACUUAUCUCCUGUUAUGGAGAGGGUGCAUCGCGGAGAGACCGUGUUGCACUUGUGCGUCAAACACGAUCAACUGACGGCAUUGGAGGUUUUGGUGGAUAAGGCGGGGGAGCUUUUGUGUGCAAAGGAUGAUGAUGGUGAGACAAUACUGCAUUUGGCGGUAAGGUGCAAACAACUUAAGACCAUCGAAUACUUGGUUAAGGAUGUUAAAAUAAAGAAGCAGACACGGAAUUCGUUGGGCAAAACAGCACUGCAAAUCUUGUCUGAGAGGCCAAACACAAGUGUUCUCCAGAGACAAAUGGAAACACACUUAAGGUUUGGGGAAACACAAGUUAUGUCUAAGGUCUUCCCUGACCUGAGCGACACGACAAUGGUGGUGGUGGGCCUGAUAGCCGCAAUGGCAUUCCAAGCCGCCAUUAGUCCCCCUGGCGGGGUGUGGCAGGAAACCGAGGCAGAACACAGCGCCGGCGAUGCGGUGAUGGCAUCAACUCAUCCCAAACUAUACAAACAGUUCGUCGGUGCUAACACCACCGCUUUCGUUUCAUCAAUCAUCACAAUCUUCCUCAUCACGACCCGACAGCCAUCCGGACGCAUUCUUUUCUUGCUCAUCUCCUUGUUUGCAAUGUGGGUUUCGCUAGCAUCUAUUGCACUCAGCUAUAGAGCUUCUGUAAUGGUGGUCGCGCCUCAUACCGAAACACAAUCCCUUGUUCAUACAAUUAUCAUAGUGGUGGUUGUGUCACUAGGCAUCCUAGGAUUCAUAUUUGUGUAUAAUAUUGUUCGAGGACUGUGCUUAAACCGGAUGAGUGAUCAACAUACAACUACCGGACGACUGAAGAAAUUGAUUUAUGAUGAACUCCUUGGCCGAGUUGACCUCUUUGUAAGACGGUCGGAUGCUGCUUCUGGAUCCGCGCAAUUGUGACCACUUACCUUUGCAAAAUCUACAAGACUUGUUAUGUGUUUUUUUUUCGUAUUUAUUUAAUGGCCAUGAGUGUGUUUAGUACACAUUUGUUUCCUUCUUGUGUAUGCAUGGUAUUAAUUGAUUGAAUUGACACCCUACAUACCAAAUUUGUGCGAAAUAUAAUGCACAGAAGUUUGAAAUGCGAGAUAUGAAUUCAACCAA